UUAUAACAUCACUAGCUAGUAUCUCAAAUGAUUGUAAUUUACCUGGCUUGAAAAUACGUUUGUGGUGAUGUUGUGGUUUCACUUGACACUUGCUAACUAUUGCGAGCAAGUAGUUAGUAGAAGAAGAGGUGAAUUAAGCUGAUAUAUUGAGCAGCCCCCUCUGUUGGCCUAAACAAGCACAACGCGAUUGAGACGUCAACCCGUAGGCUCUGAUGCCCGGACUUUCUUGCCAAUCUGUCUCAGAUGACUCGGUGGAUUUGGGUGGAAGUGCUAAGCGCUCCAGUGUUCUGGACAGCCUGGACAGAGCCUCUCAGAAACCACCACCAAAGAAGACAUCAGCUGUCCCUGUGCCGUGGAGGAGGAGGACAGCGAAGAGACACCUGGCAGAGCAGAGGCUGCCAAACGCAGGUUCACUAAACCCAAAAAGCCCCAGCAGCAGGCUGUGGUGAAAACUCAGGAGGAUGAGAGUGAGAGCAGCCCAAUGAAAAGCACCCCUCAGGGUAUAGGAAUCACUACUGUAACCCCUAGUUCCUUAGGGCCACCCAAUGGCACAUUGUCUCCCCAUCAUUGGCGAUUGCUGAGAUCUGAGAAGAUGUUCCGUAAGUCUCUGAGAAGAUCCCAGCCUAUCCAGGAGGGGGAAGAGGAGCUGCAGCAUCAGGGAGUCGAGGGGGGUUCAGAGGAGGAGGAGGAGGGGGCAGAGCCUGUCAUCUUCAGCAGAGACAGUCUGGAGCCUGAGGGUGUCUGCUCUGACUCUGUGAUGGCAUCCGGACCAGGUCAGAACGCUGCAGUGGGUCUUAGUCUGGGCAUGGACAGCCUGGAGGAGGAAGAGGAGAAGGCCCGCUUCUUUGCCCACCUGGAGGGAGGUGUGUCCUCCACCAUAGACUACUCCAGACUCAACAUAGAUCUGGAUUCCACCAGCGCCUCCACCACAGCUACCACCCUCAGGAAGGCAGAGGCGGCUGUGGCUGGUGUCGAUCAGAGAGAGGAGGAGAAAGCUAUGGAGUCUGACAGACUCUCCCCAGCCUCCAACCACUACAGCGAGGAUGAGCACUUUGAAGAUGAGGUCAUUGAGGAGCUGAGAAAUUGGAAGCCUAAAAGGCCUGCCAUGCUCACCAAAGUCCAGACUGUGGUGGUCUGAGUGUGAGCAGCGAGCUGGUGGCAGUGGUUCAGUCCUUCGCUGCCUUCCUCCAGCAGCAACAUCAGAUGAAGAUGAGAGGUCACCAGGAUACCAGUCACACUGUCUCCUGGGAAACCAAAGGUCAACAGGAAGCCAGCCAGACUCAGGAGACUGAGUGUCCAUCAGAGAGGAAAGUAAGUCAACAUACUGGAGUAGUUUUUCAGUCUGUGAUGCAACAAGUUCGUUCAUCAGUGUGCUGCAAUUUCUUUUCAGAUAAGUAUGACGUUUUUCUCCAUUCACCUGGUCAUAUGAUAGGGGUGUGACUUUUACUUUGUUGAGUUGUCCAACCCAGCUGAUUGCUCCUUGCUCUAUCAUAAGUCUGAUUGGCUGAUUUUAGUUUGGAUUUUAUGUCGUCUCAGCGAUGCAAAUUAGUCACCUUUCGGCGAAAUUUGCCCUUUUGUCCAAAAUAAGUGACCUACAUGAUUCGUGUAGAUCCGAUGAACGAUAACAAAGAGGUCAACUUUAGGUGAGAAGCCUGACCACGGAGACGGGGGUGAGAAGGUGAUGAAGCGUACUGUUACAUAAAUAUUCAUACACAUAGCUCAUAUAUUAUACAGCGCCAAGCCAAACCGCCUGACUCAAGUCAUCUUACGUACCCUUGCUAAAACAGGAACUAGCUCACACAGCCAGCAAUAAAACAUCCCCCUAACACUAUCCCCUCAGCUUGGUUGUCUCCCGACCCCAGGAAACAAAGACAUUCCAUCGCAAGAACACAUACACCCAGCCAUAAGACUGACCCCCUCUGUUCUCUUCUUUCACGACCCCCUCUGCUCUCCUGUAUCAGAUUUCCAGACCCACAAAUGUCUCCUUGUAUAAACACACAUCUCAUCCCCCUCUACUGGUUGGGUGCUCAGAACAAGACUCUGCUGUGCACCAAUGGGGCCCGCUCUGGCUAGAGCAAGGCCCGCCUCCAACCCUUUGUGACCAGUCAGAAGACCAAAACGACAAGUCUCCACCUACU